ACUCGAGGAAAGCAGGAAGUGGUAAAAAGGAGUCACCAGAGUCACCUAUUACUGAAAUCCCGCAUCCAGCACAAAACACUUUGUCAGUACCACCAGCGCUCUAAAAGGAGAGGAAAGGAACCGAAAAAAUGUACUGGAGACUUUUUCAUGUGACAUUAUUUCUUGUCGUCUUCGCAGGAACGACAUACGCGCAAUCUGAAUGUUCCACAAUACUGAUGUGUGACGAGUGCUAUAACGCCAGUAAAGACUGCAGCUGGCUGGAGUGCGGAGAAGCAAAACCCCAGUGUGUGAACGAGACGACCACCAACACCACCAACUGCUUAAAUGCUACUUGUGCAGCCUCAGCACCAACAGGUGUGGCCACGACCCCCGCCUCCCUCCCCACUGCUGAGCCCACUGCCGAGCCCACUGCCACUAACAUCACCAACUCUACUGUCGAGCCCACCUCAGAAUCUAUGAACACAACAACAGCACACCCUCCUGCCCCCACCACCCACGACUCCAACACCACAGUCCCCAGCUCUGCAGCCUCCAACGUAACCGUGACAACCGUGGCUCCGUCCCCCUCCAAGUCGUCGACGUUUGACGCGGCCAGCUUCAUCGGGGGCAUCGUGCUGGUGGUGGGCCUGCAGGCGGUCAUCUUCUUCGUCUACAAGUUUUGCAAGUCCAAGGACCGCAACUACCACACCUUGUAAAACACACACACACACAUAAAGAGACACACACAAACGCGUCCGCUGCGUAGAGGCAUCACACUGGACACACACACACACACACACACACACACGCUCAUGGCCCCUCAUUUUUAGAGUCACAAACACAAACAUACACACACAUAGAUUGCAAAUCCUGACUAUAUAGGCCUAAAUAGAUAAAAGCCAUGUGCAUGUGUGCUCCAUGCAACAUCACCCUCCCAAAUAAUGACAUCCUAAUGAUAUCUGAGACUCCUUCAUGGUCUUGGGCAAAUAAAGACAUAUGCAUGAAUCUUGAAUAUUUACAUAUACACACACACACACACACACACACACACCCACAUUUUCCAAGACAAAUGCCUUUAUUUUGAACACGUAAGAUGCAAACACAUAAAAAAAAAAACCUGAAAGCAAUUAUGUCUCAUCAGCGUUCGAUCACAGACCUGUGUCUGUACUGAGGGUGUGUGUGUGUGUGUGUGUUUGUUUGUUUGUGUGUGUUAUCCCUGACCUCCAGAGGCCUGCCAAGGGCAAUCUGUUUGGCAGAGCAGAGGCCAAAUCAGCCGGGAGCUGCAAGUGCUUUUUAUUUUUUUUCUCUCCCCUCACCUUUGGAGGUUUUUUGGCGCGUCUACCAUGUCCACUGACAGCUAACUGAAAUAGCCAUGCUGUAAAAUGCCCCGCUCACAUUUACGCCCCCCCCCCCCCCCACUCACCCCAAGCUCCCUUCCCACUCUGUGGUCAUUGCCAUUAAAUAGCGCGGGGGGGGGGCACGAUCGUGUUGACACCACUAGGACAGGCUCCCUCUGCUGCUAAUUUGUAAUUGAUGAAACGUGUGUGUCCUGUGAGGUUCUCGUAUCUCAACGGCCCUCUUUCAAGUCAGAUCAAGUGUCUGCAUCUCUCACAUUAUGAAAGCAGGACUUGGAUAUUUUAAACCAUAAACCGCCCAAUGAUCAUCUAACACACACUUGCGUCUAUCCAUUACUAUUUAGCAGCAAGCAGGUGAAGCAUAGUGUGGGUUUCCAAGAAGCUUAUUGGUUGGUUUGCCAACAGCGUUUGCAGGUGUGCAGUUUAAAUCCGCUAUGCUAAUGUGUGAGGUCAGCUAUUGAGUAAUGCAGUACAAGCCACUGCAAUAACAGGUAAAGACCUCUGUUGGCAGUUGGGCUCAGUAACUUGUGCUUGCAAGAAAAUGGUGAUUUAUCAAGAUCCCACAUCACCACAAUGAGAUAUGUGUUUUCAGAUGGUGUGUUUAGUUUGUUAGAUUUGCCGAUAUAUGUGUGUGCGUGCGUGUGCGUGUCUGUGUCCGACGCAGUCGUGGGAUAAAACGUUUGUCUUUUGGGAAGCCAAAAGAGGAAGCCAUGGCAGACGAAGUGCCUUCAGUGUUGACUCAAUCAAGAGGCGUCUGAGACGAAGAGGGGCCGUAGUCUUCCUCCUCACUCAAGAGCUUUGAAUGUGUUAUGAGUGUGACUGCGGAAUCCUGACGUGUGUGUGUGUGUAUGGAUUUGAUGUUGAAGGAAAUGGAUGCUCCAGCUGGACUGAUUGCUUUAAUAACUAUAAGUCGUAGUCAGUGAAGAUUUGAUGUUGAUGCUUAAUUGAUUAACUUGUGUGUCAGAGGGGAAAUCAUCUUUGUAUUUCUGCUUUGUAAGAAUGACACUUAAGCGUUUUACAGGCCUUUGAGCUUUUUGACUGCUGUCAUGGAUUGAGCAUGCUUGUAAGCGUGAGUAUUUUGGCAGUGAAGAGACCCUUAUUUUGAGACCCUUAUGACUCUAGCCUUAUGUUGACGCGUUUUUUUUGUUUUGUUUUAAAUUGGCGGGCGGGGGGGGGGAUGGUUGCUGGGACAUUGUGUCGAUCAUGCUCCGACUACUGGCCAUCAUAGCCUGGAGGUCAAGAGACAGACUCCGACUACUGGCCAUCAUAGCCUGGAGGUCAAGAGACAGACUCCGACUACUGGCCAUCAUAGCCUGGAGGUCAAGAGACAGACUCCGACUACUGGCCAUCAUAGCCUGGAGGUCAAGAGACUCCAGGGGUUGACCGUUUGCUCUUCUGCACAAUUCUGUAAAAUGAUCCAAACUCAAAAGUGACAGCAUUUCAGGAAGACGUUUAGUGUAGAGCUAACCAUUUGAAUUGUAGCUAUUACAAAUAAUGUGACUGAAUAAAUGAACCACACCCCAAUCUAAAAGACUGAUGGUAGAAGAGAGAUGGUGAUGCUUAUUUUUUUGUUUGUUUGUUGGUGUUGCUUGUGGUGGCUUGCAGAACAAGGCCUGUAUCUGGCUAGCUCCGCGCUGAGCCUGCUCUGAGCCCAUUGCUAUCUGUUCCAGUUGCGAGUGCAAUCUGGAAAGAUGUUGCGGGAAGAAAACAUAUACAUAUACAUA